AGAGGCCACAGUCACCUCGAUGCUUAUUGUGGACCAAGCAAUCUUGAAUGACUAGUUAAAGCAAAUACAGCUUUCUUAGACAAAGGGGAAAGAGCUUCCAUGCCUGCAGCUUAUUCUAUAUGAAAAUUCUUCACGCUGGCUCAAGAUUUAUAAGUAUGCAGGACAGAAGCUGUGAGCAGGUUGUACCACUUUCUUUAAUGAUGAAGGAGACUUAUUCUACAGAGAAAAGCACUCAUGCUGGGAACCAUGAAAAUACAUCUGAGGAUUCCUCUUCUUAUGACCUCUUUUAUGAUUCCCUCUCAGACAUACAGGAUGGACAAUUUUCAAAUGAGCUCUCUGCCUUUCUCAGUGAAGAGGAGAUAAACAAAAGCCUUGAAGUUGCCCAGGAAUCUAUUAUAAAUUCUGUAAAAGAGGAUGAGAAAGCAAAGCAAGAUUUCACUUAUUACUUCAACAUUUCUUCUCCCAACUCAUCAGGGGAUGCAUCUUACAAGGAGACCAAAGUGCAUGAUCAGGGAGUUUCCAAAAGGACUCAGGUGACCAGCCCAAACUCACUAUUUAUUUCAGCUCAAAUUCUUCCAGAGCAGAAGAAAGAAAAUAUAUGUUCUCAGGAAGCAAACAGUUUUUUUAGUGUUACUGGGAAGCAAUCUAGUUUAUCACCCCUGCUACCUGCAAGACCCAGCUUUAUUCGAAGUCUAAAAAAUUCUGAAAGAUGUGAUCCAACUAUACAAAAGAUUAGCCCCAAGUCUAAACCACCUUCCAACACUGAAGUUCCCAUUAAGAAUAAACUGUGUGACAAAGCUGCCAAUUUGAUCGAAGAACUCUCUUCCAUCUUUAGAGAAGCAGCCAAGACAAGAGUCAGGAGCCCAGAUGAAAAUUCUUCUUCUCCAGACAGUGGAUACUUAUCACCUAAAAACAAACCAUCAACCAUGUCAAGGAACCCAGUCCCUGAGAAAACAUGCCCGGAGAUCACACUUGAGAAUGACUUACCUGAAGUCAUUCACAGUGAAGAAUCUGCACAUCAAAGGAAGGAAGGCCCUCAGGCCAGUGAAAAUGUCUCCAUUAACCUGCUCACAAAGGACAGCUGCAGUCAACCUUCAGCACCUCGAUUCACCCAGAAGCUCAAGAGUCAAGAAGUUGCUGAAGGAAGCAAGGUACUGCUAGAGUGUAGAGUUGCUGGAAACCCAACACCUCACAUCAGGUGGUUCUGUGAGGGCAAAGAACUACAAAAUUCUCCUGAUAUUCAGAUCUGUUGUGAGAGCGGAGGGCUCCAUACACUAGUUAUAGCGGAAGCCUUUGAGGACGACACAGGGCGGUAUUGUUGCCUGGCCUCCAACUUGGUUGGCUCCGAUUCUACAUCAGCAGAACUAUUUGUUGAAGGUGCCAGCUCCUCUGAUUCUGACAGUGAAAUUUUCAGUUCAAAAUCUGGAGCCAUGCCACAGGCCCAGAAAAAAAGCACUUCUGUUUCUUUAACAAUUGGAUCUUCUGCUCCCAAGGCUGGAGUCACAACAGCAGUAAUCCAGCCUCUCUCUGUGCCCAAUCAGCAGGUCCAAAGUCCUACUUCAUACCUCGGCAAAUUAGAUGGAUCUAACACUAAUCAUACUGCACCUGUUUUUGCAAAGGAGCUCCAAAACUCAACAGCAAGUGAAGGGCAAGUAGUUGUACUUGAAUGCAGAGUUAGGGGAGCACCUCCCUUACAUGUCAGUUGGUUUCGGCAAGGCACUGAAAUUCAGGAUUCGCCAGAUUUCAGAAUUCUUCAAAAAACAGAGCCUCGGUCUGCAGCUGAACCUGAGGAGAUAUGUACUCUGGUAAUUGCAGAAACCUUUCCUGAAGAUGCUGGAACCUUUACAUGCACAGCAAGAAAUGAUUAUGGAUCUGUAACGAGCAGUGCAAAACUGACCGUGCUCUCAGCCACAUCUGAAAACUCCAGCAAUGACUUGUCAAUGAGAGAACAGAACAAUGACAACUCUCACCACUUCCCACCUCCAAGUCUUGAAAUUAGUGCUGUAGAACUUCCUCCAAAACACUCUGAGAGCCACCAGUUUAACCAUUCUAGUCCAGGUGUAGCAGCCCUACAGUUGCAGCUCAACUCUGCUGAGAAGAAAACCAAUGGUAUCCAUCUCAACCAUGGAGUCAAUGGGAUGAUUAAUGGCAACACCAAAACUGAUACAUCUGUUUCUCAUCCAAGUGGCCUGCUUUCACCCACUAAAACACCUCCACCAGUGCUUGCUAAGCCAAAGCUAGACCCUAUAAGAAUUCAGCAGCUGCAGAACCAAAUCCGUCUGGAAAAGGAAGCUGGCCAGUGGUAUCAGCAGCAAACUGGUUUCCACCAGAGUCUACCUUCAUCUCCACCUUUCCCUCCUCCACCAUCAUUCCAAGAACUUGAGUUCAGCCACCCUGUUGUUCCCCCUGUGCAGAUGAGUGUUCUCAACUCCCAUUCUGCUCCCACCAUGCAGUCAUCCAGCUCCUUCAACUAUGCCCGUCCCAAGCAGUUCAUUGCUGCGCAGAACAUCAGCCCUGCUUCAAGCUACAUGACUCCUUCAUCUGGAUCUUCCACCUCUAGUCUCCCAUCCCCUAUGUCUCCCACCUCUUCUCAGAAACAGUUUGGCAGAACAUCUGUCCCUCCUUUCUCUCAGCCGUUUGCUACUGAAGGGGAAUACCCAUGGUCUCCUUCUUCACCUUCCCCUCCGCCACCACCUCCACCUGUUUUCAGUCCAACUUCUACAUUUUCAGUAUCUGAUUCCUUUCCACUGCCGCCACCUCCGCCACCUCCUCUCCCAACAUCUGUCUCUUCGCCCUCCCGUAGUCUUUCUCCAACUUGUAGGUUUUCAAACUCCAGCCAUUCUCCAGCUGCCUUCCUCAGCUCUAUGCUACCAUCCCAGCCGCCUCCUGUGUCCGUCAAUGAACUAGGACUUCCAAAAGGUGUCAUGCCUCCGGGAUUUCCAAAGAAAACAGGCAGAACUGCUAGAAUUGCAUCUGAUGAAGAAAUUCAGGGCACAAAAGAUGCUGUUAUCCAGGACCUGGAAAGAAAGCUUCGCUUCAAGGAAGACUUACUGAACAAUGGCCAACCAAAAUUAACGUAUGAAGAGAAGAUGGCCCGUCGACUGCUAGGUGCUGACAGUGCUGCAACUGUCUUUAAUAUUCAGGAGCCCGAAGAAGAACUGGCAGGACAGGGAACUCGCUCUCUUGAUGCUUCUGUAAUGACUCCUGAAGAUAUGCAAAAGGAAUACAAAGUCUCCAGCUUUGAACAGAGAUUGAUCAGUGAGAUUGAAUUUCGGCUGGAGAGAUCUCCUGUAGAAGAGUCUGAUGAUGAGAUAGAACAUGGAGAGGAGAACCUUGAUAAUGGUGUGGCACCAUAUUUUGAGAUGAAGUUGAAACAUUACAAAAUAUUUGAAGGAAUGCCAGUUACCUUUACAUGCAAAGUGUCUGGAAAUCCAAAGCCAAAGAUCUAUUGGUUCAAAGACGGGAAGCAAAUCUCUAAAAGGAGCGAGCACUACAGGAUGCAAAGAGAACCUGAUGGGACUUGCUCUCUCCACACCACGGCCUCCACCCUGGAUGAUGAUGGGAAUUACACUAUCAUGGCUGCCAACCCACAGGGCAGGGUGAGCUGCACUGGAAGGAUGAUGGUCCAAGCUGUCAACCAGAGAGGACGUAGUCCUCGGACACCCCCUAGCCAGCCUCAUAUCAGAAGACCUCGAUCUCGAUCACGGGACAGUGGAGAUGAAAAUGAACCAAUCCAGGAACGCUUCUUCCGACCUCAUUUCCUACAGGCCCCAGGGGAUCUGAUAGUUCAAGAAGGAAAACUUUGCAGAAUGGACUGCAAGGUCAGUGGCUUACCAACUCCAGAUAUCAGCUGGCAACUCAAUGGAAGAUUAAUACGUUCUGAUAGCUCCCACAAAAUGCUGGUACGAGAAAAUGGUGUACACUCCCUAAUCAUAGAGCCUGUCACAGCAAGGGAUGCUGGCAUCUACACGUGUGUUGCCACCAAUCGAGCUGGUCAAAACACAUUCAGCCUGGAACUGAUUGUUGCAGCAAAAGAAGCACACAAGCCACCUGUAUUUGUAGAGAAGCUUCAGAAUACUGGAGUAGCUGAGGGGUAUCCUGUGCGACUGGAAUGCCGGGUUUUAGGUGUGCCACACCCUCAGAUUUUCUGGAAGAAAGAGAAUGAAUCACUCACAUAUAACACUGAGAGACUGAGCAUGCACCAGGAUAACCAUGGUUACAUUUGCCUGCUUGUUCAAGGAGCAACAAAAGAAGAUGCUGGUUGGUACACUGUAUCAGCUAAGAAUGAAGCCGGUAUUGUGUCCUGCACAGCAAGAUUGGAUGUCUAUACUCAAUGGCAACAACAAUCCCAGACCACUAAGCCAAAGAAGGUGCGUCCCUCAGCUAGUAGAUAUGCAGCACUUUCUGACCAAGGACUAGACAUCAAAGCUGCAUUUCAGCCAGAAGCAAACCCAGGCCAUCUGACACUGCAGUCUGGAUUGGUAGAAAGUGAUGAUCUGUAAAUCUUAGCUCAGGUCUACCAUUUUCUUUCAAAGUGAAAACACUGAAAGCCAUUGUCUUGACCAAUGAUAAUGUAUGCCACUUUACAUGAAAGGCAGAAAACUUUUAUGUGCAAAAGAUAAACAACACCUUAAUCAUGUAUUUUUUGCUCAUGAUACCAAAUUAGAGUAGGUAGUGAUUAUUCAAUAGAAAUGUACAGCCUCUCUCUCUCUCUCACUCACACACACACACCACCUUCACUAUUAACAGUCUUUUAUUACUAUGUGGGUAGUAUUGUUUUGAAUAAUCCUAUUCACCAGUGCCAAAUGCUGGAAUGAAUGAGAUUGUUCAAAGGCAAGCACAGUGCAGAACAUAUCACUAAGUGCCUUUGCAAGUUGUAGGUGCUAUAACACAUCAUAAUGACAUUUUAUUGGGCUACAACAUAACUGUAAAUGUAUCAGGAAUGCAUUCUGAUGACAGUGAAAAUGUGCAAUAUUGAAGGAAUAAAACAAGAUAAGAAAAGGAAGAUAUCUAAAUGAAAUGCAUCUCUAUAAAUGGCUUUCUGUUCUCAAAAGAACAACUUGCCUUAAAUGUUCUUAGUAUGGGCAAAGAAGUUUCACAUGUGAAGGCUUCAUUUUGACUUGUGCCAUCUGAGAGGUGGCUAACUUAUAUUAAAAAAAAUACUGCCAGGCUAACACAGUCAUGAAAUAAUUUAAAAAUAUGGAUGUUGUGAUAGGAUUGUUUUACAGUGUUAGAUGUGUAAAAGUGGAUGGGACAGGGUGAAAGGCCAGACCUUUCUCAGAGAAUGAAAAUACAUAAGGAAAUAUUGCAAUUCAUGUCUCUGAAAUUCCAUGGUUACCUGAAUGCUAGGACUUUUUUUAUACUGGACACUUGACUGACAAGAAGCUUUGUGACACAAGUGAGGAUUAUUAGGAGUAUAGAGUAAGUGGGAAAGGAGUGAGUCUGCAAUAUAGGGUUAAGUGAUAAGCACACACCAUAGAGAAUAGAUUAGUAGAUAUGGGGAAUGCAGAAUAAUAAGCAAAUGGUGUUACAUUUUAAACACUGCAUGCAUGUGUACUAGAAGUUACAUUUUUGUGUUCUUGCCUACUGCAGCAUGACACAACAACCCUGCCAAUAGCAGGAACCUUAUGAAGAAGGUAAAGACAAAUCUUCACAAUGUAAACCAGUUCUGCAUCUAUCUAGACUCCACUCCGAUUGCAUUAAGCAAUUUGGAUUCAAAAUCAAUUAAUUUUAAUUGGGAGGGAGUAGAAGAAUGUUUCAAGUGGAUCUGGCAGGAAAAUGAGUUUUUAAUGGUACAAGAGUACUUUGCGAUAAAAGGACAACACUGUAUUCCUUAUAUGAAGCACGCUUAUAGUACUUUAUUUAUAAUUAAAAGUGUUGAAAUCUUUUAUCUCAACUCAGUUAUUCAAGUGCAGUACUUUUUUAAAAAAAAGUUUUGUAUUAUGUACCACGCCAUAUAUUUUGCAUUACUGCUAUAUGUGUAUUGCUUUGCACCUCAUUGUUAAGUACACAAACCAGGUUUUAGUGACUAAUACAAGUUUUUAGCACAAAAGAUAGUUAUUAUCCUAUGCAAACUGCUGCAAGUGGUUACAACCAGUUAUAGGAAAUUCAUACAUAUUUGUACUGUCAUACAAAAUUCCUCUUCUGUUUUCUUCUAGCCAAGUUACAUUGCAUCAUCCACUUUCCAGAUUCUUCUCAAAUGUGACUUGCUAAUUGACUAUUUUUUAGCUUCACUAGUAGCAUUUUGCUUCUUUUUAUUUGUAUUUAUAAAAAAUGUACAAUCAUAUUACUUUGGAUUGUUGUGCUGAUAUGUGGGUUUAACAUCAAUAAAUAUUAUACAAAUCAA